AUGGGGCGCCCUGAGGAUGAGGCGGAAUUUAGGAGGUUGCGGGCACGUGCUUCCAAUGCAAUCUGCACAGCCAAGAAUAGGCACAUUGCGCUGGUGAUUGAUCGUGCACCGGACGCGAGAGCAAAGUGGCGAGCAUUUAGAGGGCUUGGUCUUUCAUCUCAGCAGUUGCCGUCCCCGCUCGAGCUGUUCAACCCCGAUGAGCUCAAUGAUGCCUACGCUGCCCGCACCAGAGCGAUCAUCACCCCCGCGUCUGAUAGGCCCAUCACACCGGUACCUUUUCUUCCGCUGCCCCAACCUCCAGGGAGCAGAUUCUCAUUUAGUCAUACGACGGCUUUUGAGGUGCGUACUGCACUGUUGCGUUCUUCUUCUUCUGCUCUUGAUCUCUAUGGUUUGUCGCCCAGGAUGGUUAAACUUGCUGCUUCCGUGCUUUCUGUUACCCUUGCUAGGUUCUUCAAUGCGUGUAUCGAUGCUUGCCAUUUUCCGUUGCCUUGGAGACGUGCUCUACUUUCUCCAUUGGCCAAGAUUAGAGCUCCUCUUUCGCCGGCCGACACCAGACCGAUUGCCCUUCUACCAGCGCUGUCAAAGGUUUUCGAACGGAUCCUCCACCAGCAGAUUGUCCGGCACUUGCACAGACAUGGUCUUUUGGACCCACGACAAGCUGGGUUUAGAAGCGGACACAGUACACAGACUGCUUUGCUCAGGGUCACGGACGAUAUAAGGAUAGCCAUUGAUCAACGUAAAGUGACCCUGUUAGUCCUGUUUGACUUCUCGAGGGCCUUCGAACUUGUGCCUCAUGACAAAUUGCUGCAAAAACUUCACAGAUUGGGCUUUGACCAUCUUGUAAUGGCGUUUAUUAGGUCCUAUCUGUCAGGCCGGGUUCAGGCGGUCGGUGCCGAGGGUCGUGCUUUAUCUGAAUUUAGACCGAUUGAGGAUGGUGUUCCGCAAGGGAGUGUGUUGGGACCUCUGUUGUUUGCGCUUUUUAUUAAUGAUCUGCCACGUGUGCUCAAACACUGCUCCCACAUGAUUUACGCGGACGACACCCAGAUCUACCUACACUGUUUUCCGGCUGACCUGGAGGGGGGUGUUGCACUGUCGUCGGAGGACGGGUCUGCGGUUGUCAACUGGUCGGAGGAGAAUGGCCUUGCCCUUAAUACUAGGAAGACCAAAGUGAUGCUGCUGGGUAGCCAGAUAUAA